GCCAAGUGGAGCGACCUCACAAGAAUCCAAAUAGAUAGAGAGAGGCCUAUCUUUGCAGAACUGCUAACAGAGAAGGACAAAUCUCAUUCAAAGAGUCAGUUCUUAGCCAUGCAAUACAGAGAAAUGAUAACUGGGGAAAUGAGGUUGCAUUCAGAGCAAAUUCAGCUCUGAGUGACUUGCAUGCAGCUGACGCUCGUUAUCAUAAAGAGUGCAUGUUGAAGUUUGUCACAAACCGUCCUACUGCAUUUACUCUGACUGAUCAUGACACUGCUCUAGAAAAACUCAUAAAGGAGCUUCACUCAGAUCCAACAAGAACUUGGAACAGUGUUGAAUUGCAUAAACUAUACGAGGAGUUGGGUGGAAAACAACUGUCACGGCGUUCACUCAUCAACUACCUUGGCAAGACCCUUCAUCCAGACCUACUUGUUCUUUAUUCACCAAGCGUGGCAUCUAUCCUUCUGUUCAGAAGCAAUGCAUCAGCUAACCUUCGGAUCGUGGAUGAUGUCGAAGAUGACUGCAAUCAAGCCAUCUCAAGCCUUGGUAAGAAGAUAAAGUCUGAGUGCCUUGCACAGAAGCCAGAUACCAGCACGUAUGUAACGCACAUAUCACUUGACUCAGUCACAGGUGAAUGCAGUCAAACUCUUCUGGCACUCGUGGCAGAAAUAUCUCCCAAACUGCAGUUUACAUUGCCAGCAGCAAUGAUUGGUAAUAUUGUUCUAAGCGCUGUUUGUGAUCAAGUCACCAGCUUACAAGUGGCACUCAGUACCCUGUUCAAUCAACAGAGAAGUGUAAUUGACCAGCUGCACAGUUUUGGAGUAACUUCCAGUAACUAAGGCGUUUUCGAAUUUCGGCAGCCGCAGCUAUGGCAAAAGAUGAUCAAGGUAUAGCACAGUUUGACAGUAAGAAUGGCCUUGUCCAAGUGGUUGCGGACAAUUUUGACACGCAAAUCUCAUCCCAAAACGGCCAAAAGUCAACCCAUGGCUUGGCUAUGAUAAUC